CUUGAUCUAUCUCAGAAGUGAAUGGUCUCGUUGGCCGUGGCCCUCAAAGAAAUUGUACAAUAAAAUGGAAAUUCUUUUGCUCAGUGGCUUUAGCUUUCUUUCUCUCCGUCCAUCUCUUAAUAGCUGGGCAUUAUCAUUUCCUCGUAUAAUAAGGAAUACCAUGUCAUCUCUUGAAGAGUUUUCCCCUAGGAAGUGAAAAAAAAUGGGAUUUUGGGUUUUCAUUAUUCCUCAUAGUAACGCAUAACGUAAGCUUUUGUUUGAUGCAAAAUCAUCUAUGUAUUGAAGCUAUGGUAAAAACUAAGCUGCACCCUUCUUAUUCCAACCUCAUUUGAGAGUAGUAAAAACCUACAAUUCCUAAUUAGAUAGGGUAUUUCCUGUUUAUCUAAUUGUGAAAGCCCUAUGUCCUGUGAGUUUUAAGGGAAUAAACAAUGGGGUAUGAUUUGUUGAGGUGUUGAAGAUAAGUGCUUAAUAUCUUUUUAGAUAUUUGAUAUCUAGUAAUAAGCUUUUGGCAUAUUUAUGAUACUGGUAUCAACUAUGAUCAAUAUUGGGUUCCUCUUUUAGUGGGACUUCUGAUGCCUAGGUCAUCCUUAUUUUGUUUCUACCAUGAAUUUCCUUUUGGCUAGAGAAGAUGCAGAGAAGCAUGCAGAUACUAAAUCAUGCUUCUAUUGCAACAAAGUAUUCAACAACUAUCGAGCUCUAGUUGGCCACCUUAGGAUUCAUCAGGAGGAUAAGACAUUGAGGACCUUGAAUUAUCCUGGUCAUUCCAGUAAUUCCAUGGACAUUACUAGGAACCCUCCUGCAUCCCCACCAAACUGCCAACUGAACCCCAUGGCUGGCGGGAACAGGCCGACACCAUUCACUAGAGCACCCCCUCCAUUUGACUUCUCUAGGAUGUUCUGCUCAAAUGAAACAAACCAAGCAAGGAGCAAAUUCACUGGCGGCAACCCUGGAGUUGCCCAAACUCAGAUUAUCAUGUCUCCAGACUAUUCAUAUGGCUGCGGUAUUGGUGCAACUUAUCACCAUAACAUUUUGGCUUCAAGAGCAUUUGCUCCAGCUGGUCUCAAUGCAGCCAUAUCUUCUGCUGCAUUUGCUUCAUCUGGUAGUGUUGUAGCUACUGGCUUUUCAAUAGAUUCUUCAUAUUUGGGCUCAAAUGGAGUUUGUCAGUUUAAUACUGAUGAAUUUCAAAUUAGCCGGGAUGGUUUACCACUAACUUCUGGAGAUGCCUUGCAGAACGUUCAAGGUUAUAAUCUUGGUCCUCCUCCAUGCUCAAUCCUGGAUAAGGAAGGUAAGAGGCCCUAUGUAGCUGACGAAUCAUGGAAUGCUGAAAUAAUGAAUGUAUCAAAAAAACCUAAGAUUGCCCCUAAUGCUCAGGUGGAACCUGAGAAUCUUGAGAAAAAAGAGCUAUCACUUUUCAUGGAUGCUGAUGAUUCAAUUCCUGCAUCCAAAGCUUGUUUUGUUGCUGAAGAGGAAGGUCCAGAAGAUGUAGAUUUGUCUCUGCGUCUGUAGUCUUGUUUUUCUCUCUAAAAUAAAUAAAUAAUAGUAGACGAACAAAGGAAUGGUGUCUCUUUCCCUCCCCACCCCGCUACAAAAAAAAAAAAAAAAAAAAGAAGAAAAAUAUGUAAUGUUGUUAUGUACUGCUGAACUAUUCACAGGUGCAUAGUCAGUUUGGGUAAAUUUUAUAAAGUCAUCUAUUAUGAAAUCUCUUGUGGAUUGUGAAGUU